AUGACAAAGUGUUUAUUAACUUUUCUUCUUUUGAUUCCAUACACAACGUCCAAUGGUAACUUUUCACUCUCUUCCAACCAAAAGUGUAAAAGUCUACUGGAUUGUCCAAAGGGGUUCGCAAAUUGUAGUAAAGUGGCUGAUCUCGAUGAUAAAAGAUGCAUCAAAGACGUCAGAGAAAUCUGUCUCGGAGGAAUCCCUCGCAACCCAAUCAAAUCGUGUAACAGAUCAAGAGAUUGUUAUGGUAAAUCAAUGAAUUCUGGAGAAUAUAUUCGGUGGUGUGACAUGGGAACUCAUUUCUGCUGUAAAGUUUUGUCCAAUUCAACAGAAGAACUAAUGUGUCCAGAUAGAGUGACACCUUUAUAUGGCCAAGAUAAGUGUGAAGAUGCAAACGAAACGAUGAUUUAUUCUGGAAGAAGUCGGCAAAAUGGAGGAUUCUGUUAUAAAGGAUACAGUUGUCCACCUAAGAUAACUCUUCCACAUGAUUUGACAUUCGGAAGUCGAACAUUCCAGACGAAUAUGGAUUGCAAUGCGAAUGAAGAAGUAGAUCAAAAGUUUGAUUUCAUGUUCUGCCAUAACGAUACUGGAAAUCUUUGGGUCAUGGGCCAAUAUAAUGUAAAUGGAGAUGAAGUUAUCAAGCAUUGGACACAUUGCAACACGAAUAAUGAUUGUGGAGAAGGACUUGUUUGUGUUAAAGAGGAUUUGUGUCGAUAUAGAUGUUAUGAUGAUCCUACACUAGCUGUCAACUACGGUUCCAUUGUUGCUCAAAUCCUCGCAAUGUUCUUCGUUCCAAUCAUUUUUCUCUCGGCUCUUGUUGUCCUAACUGUCAAAUAUUUGGAUUAA